AUGAAAUUGGAGGGAAGGGGGCAAAACGCGACUGGCAAAGUGGACGAUGAAAAAGUUAAGCUAAAGGGCGAGGUCCACCGCCUCGUUGCUCCACGAGAUCAAAAAUACCAAUCAAACUUCGUCGAGUUCCGAAACAACAAAAUUGUCUACCGUCGUUACGCCGGUCUCUUCUUCUGCGUCUGUGUCGAUGCGAAUGAUAACGAGUUAGCAUAUUUGGAAGCGAUCCACUUCUUCGUCGAAGUACUUGAUGCCUUUUUUGGGAAUGUUUGUGAGCUGGAUUUGGUAUUCAACUUCUAUAAGGUCUAUGCGAUAUUGGAUGAAGUCUUCUUAGCGGGUGAGAUUGAAGAAGCAUCGAAGCAGACGGUGUUAACAAGAUUAGAGCAUUUGGAUAAGUUGGAGUGA